UCUAGCCAUUUUAAAUGUAUUCAAAAUUUUAUGAGUUAAUUAUAAAAAUCUUCCCUGGAUUUUCUGACAAUCCCUUGAACUUCCCCUGUGUUUUGACCCUAACAAAAACCUCCCCUAAUGUUUAAAAAAAUGGCAUAAUACCCCCUUCUGUUAGUUUUCCACACAAAAAUGCUGAUGUAAUGCAUUAUUUUUUUUAAAUGUCAAAUUUACCCUUGAUCAGCUUCUUUGCCACUCUGCAAUCAGCUCCACUAUCUUCACUUUGUCUGGCACUCUGACCACCCUUGGGUGUAACACCCUCUACAAUUUUAUUUUAUUUUAUUUUUUGAUAACUGUACACCCUCUACAAUUUUCUCCCAUCAAUCAUGGGUGCCACAUAGUGCACCACACUCGCUGAUUCUCCUUCCUCAUCCUUGCAUUGCCCUAAAAGAUGAUAAUAAAUAAGCUUGUCAUGGUUCAUGGUGAUUCUGGAGGACAUGAAUUGAAGGUUAGUACAAGGAGGACAUGAAAAUAGAUAAGAUCAAAUGCUUUUGGAGCUGUGGUUGUCAUCACAAGGAUUGGUGGUGAUGACGUGAGUGUGUUUCCUUGAAGAGCCUUUGCACAGCUUAACUAGGUAUUAAAAAGGCUGUACUAGGCCAAACAGAGGUGAAAAAGCUAGUAAAGGAUGGUGGACAGGGAAGAGGGAGAGGAGGAGUUGCCAAGGGAUGCGAAGAUUGUAAAGUCACUCCUGAAAUCAAUGGGUGUUAAGGAUUAUGAGCCCUGUGUUAUCCACCAGUUCCUGGAGCUAUGGUAUCGUUAUGUGGUUGAUGUUUUAACAGAUGCACAGUUAUACUCGGAGCAUGCUGGAAAGUCUGCAAUUGACUGUGAUGAUAUCAAGCUAGCCAUCCAGACAAAAGUCAACUUCAGCUUCUCACAACCCCCGCCUCGGGAGGUCCUACUUGAAUUGGCUAGGAACAGGAACAAAAUCCCACUACCGAAAUCAAUUUCAGGUCCUGGGAUUCCACUCCCACCAGAGCAGGACACAUUGAUCAGCCCCAACUAUCAACUUGCGAUCCCAAAGAAGCAAACUGCCCAAGCAGCAGAAGAAACAGAAGAAGAAGAAGAAGGGACCAAUCCAAAUCCUCCUCAAGAACAAAAGACAGACCUACAGCAACAAACUCCCCAAAGGGUAUCAUUUCCUCUAGCUAAAUGUCCAAGAUGACUUUGCAGUUUGCAUUGUAUAUAUUAAGAUCUGCUCGCUAGUCCAGUUGCUAUUCGACUGAUGAAUUAGUUGUCAAAAUCAGUUACUGGAAAAAAUGAUGCGAAUUAUAUAUAGCCUGGGAGGAUAACAUAUGCUUCAACUCCAACACCAAGUCGAGUCACUCUUAUCGUGGACGCCUUGUAAAAGUAGGUGCUUUUGCUUUUUCACGGACAUCCCUCCAGCCUGUCUGCCCCUCUCUCCCCAGUGCGCAGUCAGCCAUAUCCUUGCUUCAUUGGCCAUUUAUUUAUUUUUCCAAAAACAGUAUCCUCAGCAAGCUGUACUGAUGUAAAUGUUCUGAAAGCCCUGCCCACUAUACACUGCAGCCGCACAUCUCGCAAUUCUCCCUGAUGACCUGUAAAGUGGUGAGUUAUUGACCUGUUGUGUUGACGAGUUCACGUCUAUUUUUGGGGCUGUCAAAUAAAAUGUCGGAUUGAAGCAAGGUUGAUGCUCCCAAUUUGUCAAACAUGAGAUCAUUUCAUCCAUGGUGAUGGUGGUUCCUAAUUGUUUUGUUUAAAUAGAUACUUUAUUCAUCCUACCUUUGGCAA